GUGGGACUGCUGAGUGUGUCCUGUACAAACUCUCUCCCUCUUCCACACACUUACAGCCCAGAGACAGACACUGAAGACGUUAAGGACUGCGAGUGACAGACCUAGGAGGUUUCAUCCGACCGCCGACAGCAUCAUCAUGCAUUGGAACGUGGCCCUCCGGACCGCCGGGCUCUGGGUCAUUCUGAGUUUAGCUGUUGGUCAGCUGACUGAGCAGGAGAAAUCAACUAUCAUUGACUUGCACAAUGAUAUUCGCUCUACGGUUCAGCCCAGCGCCGCCUUCAUGCAGAAAGUGGUGUGGGACGAGACACUGCGGCUGGUGGCUGAAGCAUACGCUUCAAAAUGCAUCUGGAAACACAACCCUCAACUCGAGGAGCUCAGAAUGGGAGAAAAUCUCUUCGUAGGCACUGGACCAUUUAAUGCUACCAAAGCAUUGCUGAACUGGUUUAAAGAGCGUGUGGAUUAUGACUUUGAAAACAAUAGCUGUCCUGAACACAAGAUGUGUGGCCACUACACUCAGAUGGUCUGGGCAGACAGCAGUAGAAUCGGCUGUGCUACUCAUUUCUGUGACACUCUUGAAGGGCUGUCAUUUAAAAAGGCCACUCUUCUUGUCUGUGAUUAUUUCCCUGCAGGAAAUUAUAAUGGAAAAAAGCCAUACGAGUCUGGAGCGCCAUGCUCAAAGUGUCCAGAAGACCUAUCAUCGUGUGAGGACAACAUAUGUGUGGCUGAGAAUCUCUUUAAUUCAUCUGACAAGCCCGAGUCAGAGGACACCGAAGCUCCGACUGUCUUACCUACGCAUCCAGGAACGACGACAGAGCCUUUCACCAUUCCUGAAGAGCCAACUCAAGUGCACGUUAACAUUGAGAGAGCGAUAGAAAGUGAAAUGAACCAUGGAUCCAAGAUGGAAAGCGUCUCUGCUUCUCUGCUGAUGCUCGUCUGGCUUCUUGUUUUGUGAGGGUUUGAAGUGGAUGUAUGGAAAGGUAAAUGCGACUUUUUAUCUCACAGUUCUGACUUUUUCACAGAAUGUGAGAUAUAAAUUCGCAUUUGCAAGUUAUAAAGUCAGAACUGCGAGAUAAGGUCCAAUUUUGAAGGUGGAAAACUGAUAUGUUCUCAGAAUUGCAAGAAAUUCUGACUUUAUGUCUUAGAAUUGUUUAUAUCUCACAACCAAGACUUUUUAACUCGCAAUUGCAAGUUUACAUAACGCAAUUCUGAGGAGAAAAAAAAGUCAGAAUUGUGAGUUUGUAUCACGCAAUUAUGAGAAGAAAAAAAUCUGAAUUAUGAGAUAAAAAGUUGCAAUUACCUUUUUUUUUUUUUUUGUGGAAACGGGCUUCCAUAUGGAUGAGAACCUAGUGAGAGGCACAAACAUUUGUUUUAAGGAAACCUAAAAAAAAAAAAACAUACAAA